GUCAUCCCAAGCCUCAUCUGUGAGACUGUGAUGGCCGGAGAGAUGACGAUCUUAGGAUCAGCUGUUUUGACUCUGCUGUUGGCUGGCUAUUUGGCACAACAGUAUUUGCCCUUGCCUACUCCUAAAGUGAUUGGCAUUGACCUUGGUACAACCUACUGUUCUGUUGGGGUGUUUUUUCCUGGCACAGGAAAAGUGAAGGUUAUUCCAGAUGAAAAUGGCCAUAUCAGCAUACCCAGCAUGGUAUCCUUUACUGACAAUGACGUAUAUGUGGGGUAUGAAAGCUUAGAACUGGCAGAUUCAAAUCCUCAGAACACAAUAUACGAUGCCAAAAGAUUUAUAGGCAAGAUUUUUACCCCGGAAGAGCUGGAGGCUGAAAUUGGCAGAUACCCAUUUAAGGUUUUAAACAAAAAUGGAAUGGUUGAGUUUUCUGUGACAAGUAAUGAGACCAUCACCGUCUCUCCAGAAUAUGUUGGCUCUCAGCUAUUACUGAAGUUAAAGAAAAUGGCAGAGGAAUAUCUUGGAAUGCCAGUUGCCAAUGCUGUCAUUUCUGUCCCAGCAGAAUUUGAUCUAAAACAGAGAAAUUCAACAAUUGAAGCUGCAAACCUUGCAGGACUGAAGAUCUUGAGAGUAAUCAAUGAACCCACAGCAGCUGCUAUGGCAUAUGGUCUCCACAAGGCUGACGUCUUUCAUGUCUUGGUAAUAGAUUUGGGUGGAGGAACACUAGAUGUGUCAUUACUGAAUAAACAAGGAGGAAUGUUUCUAACCCGAGCAAUGUCUGGAAACAAUAAACUUGGAGGACAGGACUUCAAUCAGAGACUGCUUCAGUACUUAUAUAAACAGAUCCAUCAAACAUACGGCUUCCUCCCCUCUAGGAAAGAGGAAAUCCACAGAUUAAGACAAGCUGUGGAAAUGGUCAAAUUAAACCUGACUCUUCAUCAGUUGGCACAGAUGUCAGUAUUACUCACAGUGGAGGAAAAGGACAAGAAGGAACCUCAAAAUACUGACACUGAACUGCCAGAGGAUACACUUUCUCCAGCAGAUGCCCGCCAUGUGAACAGUGGGCUUGGAGCUGACCUUUCUGAAAAGAAAAGUGGAGAAAAUCAAGUUUUAUUUGAAACUGAAAUAUCACGGGAGCUUUUUGACACUCUUAAUGAAGAUCUCUUCCAGAAAAUACUAGUACCUAUUCAACAAGUAUUAAAAGAAGGCCACCUGGAAAAGACUGAAAUUGAUGAGGUGGUUUUAGUUGGAGGCUCUACUCGUAUUCCUCGAAUCCGCCAAGUUAUUCAAGAGUUUUUUGGAAAGGAUCCCAACACAUCUGUAGACCCUGACCUAGCAGUGGUGACUGGAGUGGCUAUCCAAGCAGGAAUUGAUGGAGGCUCUUGGCCUCUCCAAGUCAGUGCUUUAGAAAUUCCCAAUAAGCAUUUACAGAAAACCAACUUCAACUGAACUAUGGAGAAUUAGUUAUUUGUGAUCAUAUGACCUUUUAUCAGAUUACCUGCUCCAAAAAAGAAAGUCUCUGUCUAAAAUUUACCUAGAGGGAAUCAUUUAGAUAUAUAAAAAUUUUACAUAUUUUGUUCAUGAUCCAGUGUGACCAGAGCAAUCCUCACUUUAUUUUGGAGAGGUUCCAUUCUAACAAGUACUUUCUAAAAUGAUAGAUGAAAUUGAUGUAAAACUCUUAAUAGGAGCAUGGAUGGCUGUAUUUUCUGGAUUCUGGAAGUAGAUAUGAAAUCAUAAGAACUUAAAAUUAUAUUCUAUAAAAAUUAAAUACUGGCAAUUAUAAGAUUCCUAGUUCUUAAUAAAUUGUAUUAGC